AUGGAUUGCUUUGUGGAUGUGUCUGGUCUGGCGAACGGGGUUGCUUCGACGGCCACUGGCGGUCUUGUGGCGCUCCUUCUGGUCAGCUGGUUGAUGUACCGAUUGGCAUUUGCGUCUAUGAGCCGGCUUCCGGGGCCCUGGUACACAAACCUGACCGGCCUCGUGUUGAUCUACCACGAGUACGGUGGCAACAAGCGGCUGUGGAUCCAUGGGCUGCACCUCCGUUACGGACCGGUCGUGCGGGUGGCCCCUAGAGAAGCGUCCUUUGGGUCCGCAACAGCCAUGCGCGACAUUUAUGUAACCGGUGGUGGCCUCGCCAAAACAGAGCUCUACACGCUCUUCGAGCAGGGCGGGAAGAGAAAUCUGUUCACGGCUCUGGACAAGGACGAGCACAAGGAGAAGAAGAAGCGGUUUGCCGACCGCUACUCCAACACGAGUGUGCUUAGGCAGCCGAUGCUCAACCUCAUCAGUGAGCGUGCCGACGUGUUCGUGCAGCAGUGCACCAAGACAGCCAGCGCCGACGUCUAUUGUUACCUCCACUGCUACGCUCUCGACUGCGUGACGGCCGUGUGCUUUGACCCCCACGGCACGCGCUCGCUCGAGGGUGGCGCGGACGGCCAGAUGGUGCAGAAGCUGUCGUAUCAUGACAGCCGACGGACCCUCGUCUUACAGCACUACUUUCCGCGCCUGGCGGCACUGCACGCGAGGCUGAGCCGGGCCAGCCUCAAGACAGGCAGCCGGAUCAGCGAGUAUGCGUGGGGCUGUAUGCGGCAGCGCGACCUGUCGGCCAUCACGCUGGGGUCGCGGCUGCAGACGUACGGAGACGACGAGCUGGCCAUGUCCGAGAAGGUGGCCGAGUGUCUGGACCACAUCGGAGCGGGCAUCGACACGACAGGUGACACGCUGUGCUUCUUAAUGCACGAGCUGUCGCGGCCACACAAUGCAGCGCGCAUGGCUCGGAUGACGGCUGAGUUGCAGGCUGCAAGAGGUGAACAUGAAAAGACGGACAGAAACAGCUCCCUGCAUACGUUGCCCUACCUCGAUGCCGUCAUCAGCGAGGCUCUGCGGCUGUGGGCACCGGGGACACUUCCUCUGCCGCGCUACGUCCCUGCGGGUGGCUGUACCGUGGACGGCUACCAGCUGCCGGGCGGCACUGUGGUCAGCUCCCAGUCCUUUACGCUGCACCGGCUCCAUGACGACGUGUUUCCCGAACCCGACGUGUUUCUGCCCGAACGAUGGCUCGCUGCCGACGGCGCGGCCGCCCGCAACCGCCACAUGUUUGCCUUUAGCGCAGGCCCACGCAUGUGCAUUGGCAAGAACGUCGCCAUGGUGGAGAUGCGCGCGCUGCUGCACGCCGUCUACUCCCGCUACCGUACCACGCUGGCCGACGACAUGCACUACAGCAUGGACAUGGCGGAUCAGUUGCUGACGUCGCGACCGCGCGACAUGUGCUGCAAGUUGGCCUUCCAGCCGUUGGAGUAA